AUGGUAAAGUCGACCUUGAUUUACCGCUAUGAUGCUCUUCCGUUAUGUGGAUCCGUCGACGACAACCUUGAUCCUAACUUGAACGAACAGAAGAAGAAAUGCAAGAUCAUCAUCAGUAGAAUCACGCCCAACUCAGAGCCUCAAGCCACCAUCGAGAGUGGCAACUACAACAUCCAUUAUUUAAUCCAAAACAGCAUAGUCUACAUCACCGUUUGUGACAGGUCAUAUCCAAGGAAGCUUGCUUUUCUGUACUUACACGAGAUAAGCAAUGAGUUCGAGCAUUCUCACGGUCAGGAGGCAUUGAGCACAGUAGCAAGGCCGUUUGGGUUUAGCUCGUUUGACAACUUCUUGAGCAAGACCAAGAAGAUCUACCAGGACCAGAGGGCACAGUCUAAUCUCGAUCAGCUUAAUAACGACUUGGCCGAUGUCAAGAAGGUCAUGACGAAAAACAUCGAGGAUUUAUUAUACAGAGGUGACUCCUUGGAUAAAAUGAGUGAUUUGUCGCUGUCCUUGAGAAACGAUUCCAUUAAGUAUAGAAAGAAAGCGCAGAAGAUCAACUUCGACGCUAUGAUCAGGCAGUAUGUACCAGUUGUCGGUGUUGCCUUAAUCUUUGUCUUUUUCAUUUGGUACACCCUACUUCGCCGAUAG